AUGCAGCCUCUCCCCGCCGGGCCGCGGCGGCUGCUGACCGGCUUGCUGCUGCUGCUGGCCGGCUGUGCCCGGGCUGUGGCGGCGGAGCCGCCGCCAGGCAACAGCGCCGCGGUCUCCUCGCCGUGGUCGCCGGAGGCGGACCCCGUGGUGGUGGCCAACCGCGGGCUGCGGGUGCCCCUGGGCCGCUCCGCCUGGCUGGACCCCACGCGGGACCUGGUGCUGCAGGUGCAGCCGGGGGACCGCUGCCACCUCACCGUGCUGGACGAGGACCCGCUGUGGCAGCGCCCGGGCCGCCUGAGCCCCCGGCGCUUCCCCUGCGACUUCGGAGCCCGCGAGGUGCAGUACUCGCACCUGGGCGGCCGCAGCCCCGCCCGGGACCGCGUCCGCCUGCAGCUGCGCUACGACUCGCCGAGCCGCGCCCUGGUGCUGCCCCUGGUGCUGGAGGUGGAGGUGCUCUUCACCCAGCUGGAGAUCGUCACCCGCAACCUGCCGCUCACCGUGGAGCGCCUGCGGGGCACCAGCAACCCGCUGGACGCCCGCAGCCUGGAGUUCGCCUUCGAGCCGGGCCGGCAGCGCUGCCGGGUGGGGCUGCUGGCCGGGCUGCCCCGCUACGGAGAGAUCCUCAACCACCCGCCGGCGGCGGGGGGCGGGGAGGCGGCGGGGGGCGGCCCGAUGCCGUCCGUGAUGUGGGACUGCGAGGAGUUCCUGCGCCUGGGGCUGCGCUACCGGCACACGGCCGCCGGCGGCUCCCCGAACCGCGACCUGGUGCCGCUGGUGGCCGAGCUGCGGGAGGCGGCGGGCGGCGGGGCGCUGCUGAAGCGAGAGUACUUCCAGGUGCUGGUGCGGAUCCGCGCCGGGAGUGAGAACGUGGCCCCCAAACCCAGCUUCCUGGCCAUGCUGAUGAUGGAGGUGGACCAGUUUGUGCUCACCGCCCUCACGCCUGACAUGCUGUCAGCUGAGGAUGCGGAGUCGCCGCCCGACCUACUGCUCUUCAACAUCACCUCUCCCUUUGGUCCUGGCCAAGGCCACAUGGUCAGCACGGACGACCGGAGCUUACCUGUCACCUCUUUCAGCCAGCGGGAUGUGCGGGAGCUGCGCAUUGCCUAUCAGCCACCCAUGGAGGAUUCCGAUCGGGAGAGGCUCUUUGAGCUUGAGCUGGAAGUGUUGGACCCAGAGGGUGCUGCCUCAGAGCCCUUUGCCUUCGUCAUUGUGGUGAAGCCCAUGAACACCCUGGCGCCCGUGGUGACCCGCAACACUGGUCUCGUGCUCUACGAGGGGCAGUCAAGGCCUCUCUCCGGCCCAGGGCCCAGCCCCAACCUGGUGGUCAGUGACGAGGAUGACCUUGAGCAGGUGCGGGUGAGUGUGGUGGCAGGGCUGAGGCAUGGCCACCUCACUCUCCUGGAGGACACCCCAGGACCUGCUGCCCCUCGUAAACACUUUACAGUGGCUGAGCUGGCAGCAGGCCGAGUCGUUUACCAGCACGACGGCAGCGAAUCUCCGCUCAGUGACAACCUUGUGCUGCGGCUGGAAGAUGGUGGCUCUCGCCACCGCGUUGAGUUCCUUUUCCCCAUCACCCUGGUGCCCACUGAUGACCAGCCACCCCUGCUUAAUGCUAACACAGGGCUUGCCAUGGCUGAGGGUGAAACAGUGCCCAUCACCACCCGUGCUCUCAGUGCCACUGACAUUGACUCCCAGGAUGCCAUCCUGCUCUUCACAGUGGAGUCUGGCCCUUCGGCUGGGCAGCUCCUGCUCCGCCAGGCACAGCCACCUCCUGGCUGGGAAGAGGAGGAAGAAGAGGAGAGCUUUUCUUGGAGGAAGGUGCCAGGUGUAGCAGGGAGUUCCCUCAUCUAUGAAAAGCCAGUGAGAGAGUGGCUGCAGCAGGACAUUGUGGAAGGGCGUCUCUUUUACCACCACUUUGGGGCUCACAGCCCUGGCCCUGGGGUUGUGUUGGACCAGUUCACCUUUAGAGUCCAGGAUGACAAUGACCCGCCCAACCGUUCUGGACCCCAGACUUUUGUGAUCAGGGUACAUCCUGUAGACAGGUUAGCCCCAGAGCUCCAUAGCAGCAGCAGCCUGCAUUUAAUCGUUGCAGAGCAGCAGGUGACGCCCCUGCGCAGGAAGCACUUGUGUUACACAGACCAGGACUCAGGGGACCGGGAGCUUCGCUACACAGUAAUCCAGCCCCCCACUGACACCGACUCCAACCACCCUCCCGAGGCUUAUGGAGCACGUCUUGGAUCCCUCGUGCUGACUGAGGAUCACUCUGUGGAAGUUACGCAUUUCACCCAAGCCCAGAUCAACCAUCACAAGAUCUCGUACCGUCCUCCUCAGGAGGAGCUGGGGGUGGCUCCUCAUUUAAUUCAGUUUCAGUAUCAAGUGCAAGAUGCGGCUGGCAAUGCAGCCAAAGGGACUUUCACCAUCUACCUGCAGCCUGUGGAUAACCAGCCUCCCGAAAUCACUAAUACUGGCUUCACUUUGCCUGAGGGAGGCAGCCAUGUCCUUAGUCCAGCUGAGCUGGAUGCCAGUGACACGGACACUGAACUUGCCCGGCUCAGAUUUAUCCUGACCCAGGCUCCUCAGUAUGGCCAGUUGCAGCUCUCUGGGUACAGUCUGGUUCCAGGAGGCAUCUUUGGCUUGGAGGAUAUCAGACAAGGGAGGGUGGUGUAUGUGCACAAUGGAGCUGAGACCAACAGUGAUACCUGCAGGCUUGAUGUGAGUGAUGGGGUUCAUUUUGUGCCCAUCACACUGAAAAUGAGUGUGCACCCAGUCGAUGAUGAGGUUCCUACGCUACGAUUGCCCCCAGGCACUCUUGGUUCCUACCUCGAUGUGCUGGAGAAUGGUGCUGCUGAAAUCACUGCUAAUGUCAUCCAGGGCAUGGAUCGGGAUACAGAUGACUUUAUGUUGACCUUCAUUGUAGAGGAUCCUCCUCAGCAUGGGAGCAUCCUGGUUCAAGGGGUGCCUGCAGAGAGAUUUUCCCAGAGAGAUCUGCUGGAUGGUGCUGUGGUAUAUGCUCACACCGGUGGUGAAAUAGGCCUUCUGCCCAAGGAGGAUGCUUUCAACCUUACCUUGUCUGGCCUCUCUGAGAAGUGGCAUGUCAGGGGCAACAUUGUUCAAGGAGUUUCAGUCCUGGUGACCAUUCUUCCUGUUGACAGUCAAGCUCCAGAAAUUUUUGUAGGGGAGCAGUUCAUGGUGACAGAAGGUGACAAACGGGUCAUUACUCUUGCUCACCUCAGGGCUGAAGAUGUGGAUACUCCUAGUGAUGAUAUACUAUGCACAAUUGUCGCUCAGCCCACAUCUGGGUAUGUAGAGAACAUCUCUCCUGCCCCAGGAUCUGAAAAAUCCAGGGCAGGUGUAGCUAUAAGUGCUUUUACCUUGAAGGACCUUCGUCAAGGGCACAUUUUUUAUGUGCAGAGUAUACAUAAGGGUGUAGAGCCUGUUGAAGACAGAUUUGCUUUGCGCUGUUCUGAUGGCAUUAACUUUUCCCAGAGGCACUUCUUCCCCAUUCUUGUUGUGCCGGUCAAUGAUGAAGAGCCUGAAAUCUUCCUGAGAGAGUUUGUUGUGAUGGAAGGCAUGAGCCUGGUGAUUGACACCCCCAUCCUCAAUGCGGUUGAUGCGGAUGUCCCUGCCGAUGAGUUAACGUUCACAAUCACCAGGCUUCCCAGGCACGGCCACAUCGUGAACCAGCUGGUCAAUGGAACUGUCCUGGUGGAGAGCUUCACCUUGGAUCAGAUAACAGAGAGCUCCAGCAUUCUCUACGAACACGAUGACUCUGAGACCAGGGUGGACAGUUUUGAGGUGCAACUCUCAGAUGGUAAACACACCAUUAGGAAAAUAGUACCCAUCAUGGUUAUUCCUGUAGAUGAUGAGACGCCCAGAAUGGCCAUCAAUGAUGGUUUGGACAUUGAAAUAGGGGAAACUAGAACUAUUAAUAACAGAAUAUUGAAGGCUACUGAUCUUGAUUCUGAAGACAAAACCUUGACAUACAUUAUAACUUACGGGCCAGGACAAGGCCUCUUGCAGAGAAUAAAGCCUUCAGGUGGAGUUGAAAAUAUCACCCGGGGAAUGAACUUCACCCAGGAUGAAGUAGAUAGAAAUUUGAUUCGAUAUGUGCAUUUUGGCCAACAAGGAGUUCGUGAUCUUAUCAAGUUUGAUGUGACAGAUGGCAUAAAUCCUCUCAUUGACCGCUACUUUUAUGUGACAAUAGGCAGCAUUGAUAUUGUCUUCCCAGAUGUCAUCAGCAAAGGAGUUUCUCUGAAGGAAGGGGGGAAGGUGACCCUUACCACUGAUUUGCUUAGUACCAGUGACCUGAACAGUCCAGAUGAGAACUUAGUUUUCACCAUUACCAGACCACCUGUUCGUGGUCAUCUUGAAUGCACAGAUCACCCCGGGGUACCCAUCUCCACUUUCACUCAACUCCUGUUAGCAGGCAAUAAAAUCUAUUACAUUCAUACUUCAGAAGAUGAGGUGAAAAUGGACAGCUUUGAGUUUGAGGUGACUGAUGGCUAUAACCCUGUGUUUCGUACUUUUAGAAUUUCUAUCAGUGAUGUGGACAAUAAGAAACCUGUUGUCACAAUCCAUAACCUGGUGGUGAGUGAAAAUGAAUACAAACUGAUAACCCCUUUUGAACUGACUGCAGAAGACAGAGAUACACCUGAUGCACUGCUAAAGUUUAUCAUCACUCAAAUACCAGUUCAUGGCCAGAUCAUGUUCAAUAACUCCAAACCAGUCACCACCUUCACUAAACAAGAUCUGAAUGAAAAUCUAAUCAGCUACAAACAUGAUGGCUCGGAAUCAGUUGAGGACAGUUUCUCUUUCACUGUUACAGACGGCACUCAUACUGAUUUCUAUGUUUUUCCCAACACUGUGUUUGAAACAAGGAAGCCUCAGACUAUGAAGAUGCGAAUAAUGGCUGUGGACAACAGUGUACCUCAAGUUGUAAUAAAUAAGGGUGCUCAGACUCUCCGUGUUAUGACCACAGGUCACAUCGGGUUUCUGAUUACCAACAAAGUGCUCAAAGUGGAAGACAGGGACAGUUUACAUGUUACUCUUAAGAUCAGAAUCACAGAGGGUCCACGCCAUGGCUUCCUGAUUCACCUGGGGAAAGGCAACCAUAGCAUCAGCCAGUUCACACAAGCUGAUAUUGAUGAUAUGAAGAUAUGCUAUGUUUUACGAGGGAGUGACAAUGCCACCAGUGACAUUUUUCAUUUUUUGGUUGAAGACAGUGGAGGCAAUAAGCUGAAGAAUCAACAUUUUCGCCUGAACUGGGCAUGGAUCUCCUUAGAAAAGGAGUAUUACUUAGUAAAUGAAGACACCAAGUAUCUUGAUGUUGUUCUUAAACGGAGAGGUUACCUGGGAGAAACCUCUUUUAUAAGUAUUAGCACCAAAGAUGGUACUGCCAAGAAAGAUAAAGACUUCAGGGGAAAAGCCCAGAAGCAAGUGCAGUUUAAUCCUGGUCAAACCUUAGCCACAUGGCGAGUACGGAUUUUGAGUGAUGGUGAACAUGAGCAUUCUGAGUCCUUUCAAAUUGUUCUUUCUGAGCCUGUCAUGGCAAUCCUGGAAUUUCCUGCUGCAUCCACAGUGGAAAUUAUUGACCCAGGAGAUGAAUCAACAGUCUUUAUUCCUCAGUCCACCUAUACUAUUGAAGAAGAUGUUGGUGAGUUAUUUAUUCCAGUCAGAAGAAGUGGAGAUGUGAGUCAGGAACUGAUGGUCAUCUGCUACACACAACAAGGAACAGCCUCUGGCACUGCCCCAACCUCUGUCCUUUCCUACUCUGACUACAUAUCCAGGCCAGAGGAUCACAACAGCGUUCUACGCUUUGACAAGGACGAACGAGAGAAAACGUGUCGGAUUGUCAUCAUAGAUGAUUCCUUGUAUGAAGAGGCUGAGACCUUUGAUGUUUUGCUGAGCAUGCCCAUGGGUGGAAGGAUUGGUGCAGAAUUCCCAAGCACUCGCAUUACCAUUGUACCUGACAAGGAUGAUGAACCAGCAUUCUACUUUGGAAAUGACGAGUACUAUGUUGAUGAGAGUGCUGGCUACAUUGAGGUCCGUGUCUGGAGGGCUGGAACCGAUCUGUCCAAAGCCGCCUCUGUCACGGUGCGGUCGCGCAAGUCUGAGCCCGUAACUGCAGAGGCUGGAGUAGAUUAUGUAGGCAUCAGUCGUAACCUGGAUUUUUCCCCUGGAGUCAAUAUGCAGACAUUUCGUGUGAUAAUUCUGGAUGAUCUUGGACAGCCGGUGUUGGAAGGAACAGAGAAGUUUGAGCUUGUGCUAAGGAUGCCCAUGAAUGCUGCCCUUGGAGAACCCAGCAAGACCACCAUCUUCAUUAAUGACUCAGUGUCUGAUUUGCCAAAGAUGCAGUUUAAGGAAUCUGUGUAUGUAGCCAAUGAAAAUGAUGGGCAGGUUUCUGCCAUGAUAUAUAGGAGUGGGGAUAUCCGAUACACAUCCACUGUGAGAUGCUAUACAAGGCAAGCUUCAGCUCAGGUUAUGAUGGACUUCGAAGAACGCCCUAAUACUGACAGUUCCAUCAUCACAUUCCUUCCUGGUGAAACUGAGAAGCCUUGCACAGUGGUGCUUAUGGAUGAUACUUUCCAUGAGGAGGAGGAAGAGCUACGCCUGGUUCUUGGCACUCCAAGAAGUGACUCUUCCUUUGGUGCCUCUAUUGGCGAGCAAAACGAGACGCUGAUAAAGAUUCGGGAUGACGCAGACAAGGCUAUCAUUAAGUUUGGUGAGACCAAAUUUAGUGUGAGUGAACCGAAGGACACAAGGCAAGUAGCAAUUGUGAAAAUCCCAGUGCUUCGUCUGGGAGACACUUCCAAAGUUUCCAUUGUGAGAGUUCAUACAAAGGAUGGAUCUGCUACUUCUGGAGAAGACUAUCACCCUAUAUCAGAAGAAAUUGAGUUCAAGGAGGGUGAAACACAGCACUUUGUGGAGAUUGAAGUUCUCUUUGAUGGAGUAAGGGAGAUGAGAGAAGCCUUCACUGUCCACCUGAAGCCUGAUGAGAACAUGGUUGCAGAAAUACAGACAGCCAAGGCCAUUGUUUACAUUGAAGAAAUGAACAGCAUGGCAGAUGUCACCUUUCCCUCUGUCCCUCAAGUUGCAUCUCUGUUGAUAUAUGAUGAUACUUCUAAAGCCAAAGACAGAACCAGUCCCAUUGCUGGCUAUCCUGUCAUCUGUAUCACAGCCUGUAAUCCUAAGUACGAGGACUUUGACAAGACUGGCUCUAUUUGUGCCAGUGAGAGCAUCAACAACACCCUGACACGGUACCGCUGGCUUGUGAGUGCCCCCACGGGCCCCGAUGGUGUGACCAGCCCCAUGAAGGAGGUUGACUUUGACACCUUCUUCACCUCCUCUAAGAUGAUUACACUCGACUCCAUUUACUUCCAAGCUGGUUCUCGUGUCCAGUGUGCAGCUCGGGCUGUGAAUUCAGAUGGGAAUGAGGGUCUUGAGCUUAUGAGCCCUAUUGUCACUAUAAGCACAUCAGAAGGUCUUUGUCAGCCUCGUAUAUCAGGAGUAGUUGGAGCAGAGCCAUUCUCUGCCAAACUGCGCUACACUGGCCCAGAAGAUCCUGACUAUGCCAACCUCAUCAAACUGACAGUCACAAUGCCACAUAUUGAUGGCAUGCUGCCUGUUAUUUCUACAAGAGAGCUCUCCAACUUUGAGCUGACACUUAGCCCUGAUGGAACUAGAGUUGGAAACCACAAGUGCUCCAACCUGUUGGAUUACACAGAAGUGAAGACCCACCAUGGCUUUUUAACUGACGCUACCAAGAAUCCAGAUGUGAUUGGAGAGACCAUUCCCUAUCAGUACAGCCCAACAAUCAGAGGCUCCAACACCUUGCGCUUCUACCGCAACCUGAACCUGGAAGCCUGCUUGUGGGAGUUCAGUAGCUACUAUGACAUGUCCGAGCUCCUCACAGACUGUGGAGGCACCAUUGGCACAGAUGGGCAGGUUCUGAACCUAGUGCAGUCCUAUGUCACGCUGAGAGUCCCUUUGUACGUCUCUUACGUUUUCCACUCUCCGGUGGGCGUCGGGGGCUGGCAGCAUUUCGACCUGCAGUCGGAGCUGCGGCUGACUUUCGUGUAUGACACCGCCAUCCUGUGGAAGGACGGCAUCGGCAGCCCGCCCGAGGCAGAGCUCCAAGGUUCCCUGUUCCCAACCAGCAUGCGCAUCAGUGAAGAGGGACGCUUGGUUGUCAACUUCAAGACUGAAGCCCGGUUUCAUGGUCUGUUUGUUAUGUCCCAUCCUGCUUCACCUCUGACUUCCAUGGUUAUGUCAGCUGACCACCCAGGCCUCACUUUUAGCCUCAGCCUCGUCCGAAGCGAGCCAACCUACAACCUGCCAGUGCAGCAGUGGAGCUUCCUGUCUGACUUCGCGGUCCGAGACUAUUCUGGAACGUACACAGUGAAGCUGAUAGCCUGCACCACUGCCCCACAUCAGGAGUACAGCCUGCCCGUGAUCUGCAAUCCUAGGGAGCCCAUCACUUUUGACCUGGACAUCCGAUUCCAGCAGGUCAGUGACCCAGUGGCUGCUGAGUUCAGCUUGAACACCCAGAUGUUCCUCCUCUCCAAAAAGACGCUGUGGCUGUCUGACGGCUCGAUGGGCUUUGGGCAAGAAAGUGACGUUGCAUUCUCAGAAGGUGAUAUCAUAUACGGCCGGGUGAUGGUGGACCCAGUGCAGAAUUUGGGUGACUCCUUCUACUGUAGCAUCGAGAAGGUUUUCCUGUGCACAGGAGCUGAUGGAUAUGUACCCAAAUACAAUCCAUCCAAUACUGAAUAUGGGUGCCUUGCUGAUUCUCCAUCCCUUCUGUACAGGUUUAAGAUUGUGGACAAAGCUCAGCCAGAGACACAAGCCACAAGCUUUGGAAAUGUACUUUUUAAUGCAAAACUUGCAAUAGACGAUCCCGAAGCAAUUCCAUUAGUUAAACAGCCAGGCUCUGAUGGAUUCAAAGUAGACUCAACUCCUCUGUUUCAGGUGUCUUUGGGUAGGGAGUGGUAUGUCCAUACAAUCUACACCGUGCGUUCCAAGGAGAACGCUAACCGCGGAAUCGGCAAAAGAAGCGUGGAGCACCAGUACCACUCGCUCCUCAGUGCUGGGAGCCCAGGAGCAUCCACACAGAGAAGGCAGAAGAGGGGAGUUGAGCAGGCCCCAGAGCUUGCCAGAGACAUUGGAGUGGAGAGCAACCGAGGAACGAACAUACAGCACAUAGCCCUGGAUCGCACCAGCAAGAAACAGGUGCCUCAGAGGGAGGUUGCACUCAAUGGUGUUCUCCCCAGGGAACUGAAUAACCAAAGUGCAGGAAUCAGCUUAGUCACAAUCAUUGGUGGAGCUGCUGCCAUUCUUCUUGCCAUCUGCUUAAUUGCAAUUAUCAUUUUGCUGCUAAAAUGGAAACGAAAUUCUGACAAGAAGGAAAGCACAAACGAGUCAGGCAGCAAUGAACCAAUGAUGCUACCACAUAAUUACAGCCAUGACAGCUCAGAGGUUUGAUUCCAAGACCACAGUAUUCAAGCCAGAGUGUCCAGAGUGCCUCAUAAAAACUCUUGAACUGCACAUUUUUAGCAGCAGAUAAUGGUGACUCAUGAGAAGUGUGUUUUUAAAUGUACUUGAAAUUUGUUAUCCCGAGCUCUUACUGCCAUUAUCAACAACAGAAGAAGCUGAAUGAAACCUCCCACUUUGCUUGAAAGGAAAUGUCCCUGAUGUCCCCAUACCAUGCACUAAUUUUUAGCAGUAAUUCAAGGGACUCCAUUGUAAGGGAGAGAUUAUUGUUGUGGUUUUGUAUUUUCUGACAUUUC